AUAAGUUAACUGCGAGAACUAGAACAAAAUUGCGAAAAAGUUACGCGACUGAAGGUUCCUGCUGCGUCUGUUACAGUGCCUUCAUUGAUAACCACGUCAAAAAAUAUUCGUAUAUACUUCACAUUCAUCAAAUAUCCAAAAGUUCAGUUCCAACGAUUACUAUCAUGAGUGCUGAAGAGAGCACAGAACAGAAGACUCCUGUUACUGAAGCUUCAGACGAGCAACCGGACGAAGCAACACAAGAACAACAGUCGGUGAGUGAGCUGGAAAGACAGGAAGAAGAGAAAAUGAAAGCCAAAUAUGGCUCAAACGUAAACAUGGUAGGCCCUCGAGGUCUUGGUGGUCAUUCAGCAUUCCUGCAAAAGCGCUUACAGAAAGGUCAGAAAUAUUUCGAUUCCGGUGAUUACCAAAUGGCCAAACAAAAAGGUGGAGGAGUGAAGCAGGUGUUUGCAAACAAAGUUCCGACCGGCGAAGCAAUACCAACUCCAGAGACCGUUCCAGUUCGAAAAACCUCCAUUAUUCAAACGUGUAACAAGUUUCAAAGUUAAAAAUGUUUGUUUUUUUUUUCUCAAAAAUCAUUUAAGAAUCGAGGUUACAGUUUGUAAGCUAGAAGAAUUUAUGUAUUCUCCUUCCACCGUCGCUUAAAUUUCAUUCAUAUUUCACUUUAUAGAUGUCAAGAUGUUCAGGUCUGCGGUAUUUUUAACAUGAGAAUUACAUUUUUUCAAAAAAAAUCAAAUAAUUUAGCUCGAUUUCUUUGUUUUAUCUGUAUCACUACUUCUCUACACAUUCUUUAUACAAUGUAUUUGCAUUUUAAAAUGAUGCUCCAUAUUAUCUAUGGUAAAUAAUCGUUUCAAAUCGGUAGAAAAAUCAGGAGAUAAUGAAAUUUAUGAAACCUACUUCAUUCGGAACAUUUCCUUUUUGUGCGUACAGCUGUUUUCAAAUCAUCCAUGUUUAUUUGAAAUUUACAGUUAUAUAAUACAUUUUGGCUGCUUAGUUCAUAAAAAUACAGCUUUUUGUCAUCGGUAUUGUUCUUGAAUUUGGCAGUGAGUAGUUUAUGGGUACUAUAAUAAAAUGUGACAUCAGCAAUUUACAAUAAUCCACAAAUAAUAUUAUGUGGUGGUUCACUAAAUGUACUCAUAAUGAAUAUGGCUCGACACUUAAAUGUUUCAGUGAACAUGAAUGAAAAUAAUAGCAA